AUGGUAAUAGCCGGGGACAGAAUAGAAAAAGGUGGUAAAAGGUUAUUGCAGUUCUGCUAUUGUCUCCUAGUAGAUGUAGACGACGAGCAUAUAAAAAAGAAUAUGCUAGAGGUGUCCCAUCUAAUAGAAGAAUUGAGGCCAGUGUUAAAUAUAUGCAAUUACGUAGAAAUAAAACGAGAAUUUUUGCCUGCAAUAGUAUCGAGUUCAAUAGCUUAUAUUAUCAUUUUGGUUCAAUAUCUCCCAAGAUUUAAAAGACAUAUGAUAAAUACACAUAUGUCCGCAAAUGUUACCAUAGACUCUAUUCAAAGAUUAGACUUAGACGGCAAUAUUUCAACGUCUAUUAACACGAAUAACCUUCCUGAAACUUCCUCAUUAUAUGACACUAAUAAAAAUUGUGCUAAAGCGAAAUGUGGUUCUAAGCUUGUUGCCCAGAGGUACGAUGGUGCUGCCGUAAUGGCUGGCCAUUUAGGAGGCCUUCAAGCUAAAGUGAAAGAUAAGUUUAAACAUGAAAUUUUCGUUCACUGUAUAGAACAUAGACUUAAUUUGGUUUUAUCGCGAAGCAUGGAUAAUAUUAAACAUUGCUUAGUUUUCUUUUCGAAGCUUAGUGAUUUGGCUUCCUUCUUUUCAAAGUCAUCGAAAAGAACUUGCGCUUUGGACAUUCACGUUCAAAAAAGGUUUCCAAAAGUUCUUCCGACGCGAUGGAACUACAAUGGACAUUUAGUGCAAACAGUGCUUUAA